AGGAAGAAGAAACAAUAGAGGAUUUUAGGCCGGAGCUGAGAAUGCGAGCCAUGGAUGCAUGAUGCCGCUGCGCGAGCGACGUGUCCGCAGGUGACUCACCUGCGCGAACCGGCCGCGUGCUUGCGCUUGUGCAAGCCAUGCAGAAUAAAUUCGUCGCGUCCAGAGCAGUGCGCAAAGAAGCAGCAUAUGGAUCCGGAAUGGAAGAGUAGCUGAUACCUACACCUGAUUCGUGCAUGCCAUGGGGAACUGCUGGGCUCAAUGUUUUGGGCUCUUUAGAAGGGAAGCAAACAGGAUACAAAGAGGAGGAGGGUCGAAGUACUUCAGAAGCAGCACAGCUGGGGAACACUAUACCAUUGAGUUUGAGAACCUUGUGGAGAGCGAUGAGGGUGAGAGCUCACAAAGCUGCCCCAGACCCAUCAGCGAUGAGGAGAUCAGUCACUUGAAGGAGCAUCGCUAUGCUGCCAUCUCAGACAAACAGGCGCUGAUUGACGAAAAGCUGAAUGAAGAGUUAUUGGCAGAAGAGGAGAAGUUAAGGCUAGAAGAGGAGGCUGUUUUUGCAGCCCAGCGCGAAGCAGCGCGGCUCACUAUGGAACAAAAGCUAAAGGAGGGGAAGCAGCAGCAGCCGCAGAGGACCAAACCCAGAUCAGACCCAGAGAGCAAUGACCCUCGGCACAAAACCAAAGUGUCAGAUGCAGAGUUCGAGGUGUACCUGCAGAGUGUGAAGGCUCAAUCUGAAGCCUUUCGCAGUAACCGACUCAGCUCUGAGACGAAUGUAGUGACCCCAAACACAGAGAGCAGCUGGGACUUCACCAGUAAGACUGACGCCACCUCACUGGACCUGGAGUGGGAGGAUGAGGAGGGAAUGAACCGGAUGGGACCUGCAUGGGAGCGUUCCAAAACAGAGGAGGACAUUUUACGGGCGGCACUUCGUCCCGGCGGGAAACAGCUGGACAGUGGCCCCACCUCUGAGGACUCCAACGCUUUGGAGUGGGAGAACGACUUUGUAAGUGCACAUCCCGAGGACAGCGGUGACCAUGCCGACGAGGACUUUGAGGGAUUUGUUAAUCCAGUACUGGACACGCCCACUGAGGAGGCGGGGCAUAAGGCCAGCUCUGACGAACAAGAAAGAUAGUCUACAGCAAAAGACAGCGAGACUACAGCAACUUCAAAUGCCUCAUUCAGAUUCAGUGUGAUAUGAUUGCAGACAGUCCCUUUAACCUAAUAGAACCGUAACCUAAUAAACUAAACCCAUAUUUCUCAGUGUAGGAGAAAAUACAAGAACAGAAAUGCUUCAAAUGAUUUCUGCUUUGUCAUUAUUGGGUGAAUAUCAUGAAAAUAUGAGUCAUGAUCUAUCCCAAAAAAUUAUA